AUGACUAUUGCUGCAUAUGCGUAUGAAACAAAUGAAGCAAGAAGAGCACAUGAACUAGUAAACGAAAACUCAACUUUAACCAUUGAAGGCAAUGAUUUAGUCAUUGACGAUGGAAAGACUAAAAAAGUCAUUGAUUUCGAUACUUUUAACACUUAUGACCCAUUCAUUACAACAAGCAAGGUUCCCAUCAUAAAUGAUGGAACGGUGCAAUAUAUAAAUUCUACAGUAGAUGCCUCAUUAGUGAAAGUAUUAAAUGUUCUCAUUGAAUUGUUAAAGAGCUUUCGAUUUGACGACAACAUUAAAUGCCUAAAGAAUUUAGUCAUGAAUGAGAAACAAAUUCUCGGCGUUGCUGGUAGCAGUAAUGAUGUACACCUUAUGAUAUUAGAAUAUUAUAACGAACAUAAAGAUGAACUGAAAGGAGAGAAGGGUGACACCGGACCUCAAGGACCACAAGGAAUACAAGGAAUACAAGGAAUACAAGGACCUCAAGGCGAAAACCGUUUGGAUGGUGAAGAUGGAAAGGGUGGAAAAACUGCUAAAUCAUGGAUAUGGAACCUUAUAAAUACUGGUUUAACAGCUGCUUCAUAUGGAGUUCUUCAAUACCAAAUCGGAAAGAUAUGGGCAGUACUUGGUGAAGAAGUUUUAGAUGACGUUAAAAAUGCUUUGAACUUCAUUUCAAAUGGUUCGGAUACUAUUAAAACUUUAUCUGGUUGGAUGCAAGAAACAAGGAGUCAAAUAGAUACUGUAAGACGUAUAGCAAACAAUGCAC